AUACGGUCGCUCGUCUCACGGGAAUUCCGGUCUCCGCCAAUCCGCGAGUUGGAUCGCGACGACGAAAUUCGACGCACACAAACAUACGUGCGGCGUCGUCGUCGUCGCCGUCGCGUUUAACAUUUUGCGUUUUCCGUAUCCGGUUUUGAAUGAGAUCGCGAAAACGCAGUGUCCGCGUGAUUUGUUGUGUCUCUCGGUAAAGGUGACCCGGCGCGAUAGCAGAAAAUAAUACGCGGUAGGGCGUGCGAAUAGGCUCACUUUGGAGGAUCCCUCGUCCCUGACCAACGGCAAACAUGGAGACGUUCAACGUCCAAGUGGUGCAACAGCUGAAAAUAUUGGCCCGGCUGUGCAUGAACGACCCGUCUCUCCUGUACGAUCCCAAGAUGUCCUUCAUCAAGGAUCUGAUAGAGCAUUAUGGCGGCAAGAUACCGGAGGCCAAAGCCAACGAUGCGUCAGACACCAAAGCGGAGUCUGAGAGCAAGCCCGCGGAGCCACAGUCCGAAUCGGACCCCGUGAGCGAGGAGCAGAGCGAGGAGAGCGACUUGGAACUCGACAUGACCAGCGUAAUCGAACCAGAUGAGGACACUCCUCAGAAAAUGGGAAAUUCGACUUUGCAGCCCACGGAGGAGGAAAUGGCAGAGUCACAGGCAAAGAGAUCCGAAGCGGUCUCGGCAUUCGUGGAGAAAGAUUACGAGAAGGCCAUACAAUUUUACACGGAGGCCAUUGUACUGAAUCCACAAGCAGCUCUGCUGUACGCCAAGCGCGGUCAAAUUUUCCUGAUAUUAAACAAGCCGAAUGCGUGCAUUCGCGACUGCAACCGCGCUAUAGAAUUGAAUCCGGACAGCGCGGCGGCUCACAAAUUCCGAGGAAGAGCCUACCACCUGCUCGGCAAGUUCGAGGAGGCGGCCAACGACCUGAGGCUAGCCUGUAAACUGGACUUUGACGAGCAAGCGGACGAGUGGCUGCGCGAGACCACGCCGAACGCGCGUAAGAUAGAAGAGCACAAGAGAAAGAAGGAGCGGAAGGUGCAAGAAAAAUUGGAGCGCGAGAGGCAAGACAGAUUGCAAAAAGCGCGAGAGGCCGCCAAAGCUCGCGAGGAAAACACGCGACCUUCCCAAACCAGUGCGCCUCCCGGCGCGGGAGAUUUCUAUCAAUUCCUUAAGGAUCCUGACGUACUUCAAGCUUUCGAGGAUCCGGAAGUGGCCGAGGCCUUCAAGGAGAUCUCUGCGAAUCCGACAAACGUCCUCAAAUACCAGAACAAUCCGAAGAUAAUGGCACUUAUCAAUAAGUUGGCUUCGAAAUUCGGCGGAGCUGGCGGCAUGCCGGGCGCUGCCGGGAUGAAUUUCCCGGGCGGCAUGCCCAGUUUUCCCGGUGCCGGGGCAGGUUUCAAUCCCCCGAAGCCUCCCCAUGAUGACGUUGGUCUCGACUAAUCGUGCUCUAAUCGUCUUAUCAACGAAUACAGGAGAGUUUAUUACAUCUCAAUCAGUUGACUCAUUAAAGGCUGAUUUAUGUUAAUUCGUGUUACGGUGAGUUGUGCUAAGAAGCUCAUAUUGAAAAGAACUGAUAUUUUAAGGGAUCCUUUAAUCCUAGCAUGCAUCAACAAGGUCUCAACGAUCCUGUAUUUAAUAUUCUUGUUGCUGCUCUUUUACCUUGGUAAUCUUGAAGCCUUUAGAUUAUUUGUCUUACUUAAAUUUCUCGAAAUUACCCUUCUAUUUUAUCAAAUCGCUUAUCGAGAAUGUCACGAUCGGUCUUCAUUCUUGAGACAAAGAACUUGCAUCGAGGAUAAACUGUCUCUCGAGAAUGAAAUGGGCGCCUUUAAUGAGUUAAAGAACGCUAGCAUUUGUCUCUAUAUAUAAAGGUGUAUGUGUGUAUAUAUAAAUGCACACAAUGUAAAGCUAGAUAAACAUAUAUAUACACACAAACAACAUGCAUCAGUGAUAAAUAUCUAUAUCUUCGAGAGAACUUUUACUGUGAAUCAAUAUAGUUCGUUAUACAUUACAGAGUGCUCUUUGUUUUUUAAAAAACAUUAAUUUUAUUACGUGUGUAUGUUGCAUUUUAUUACCUAAUGCCCCCGUCGAUCGCACUUUGUUAUCGUUAUCACCGGCUUCUCAGUUAGCUACGUUUUUCGAAAUAGUGCCAUAAACAGUCAGGUAUGUUCGAUUCGUAAGAUCGGUAGAACAGAUUUAAGUAUCCUUUUUUAUUUUAUUGUCUACACAUAGCUGUCGAAAUUUUCAUUCUAAUAUUUAUCUUGCUUAACACUUCUAUGUCAGUGCCGUUAACAAUAUCGCGUUAUAACUAAUCGCCAGAGCAUUUAUUAAUCGCAAGACUCAAAGUGGAUAAUUUCAUACAAGUGAUUCGAAAAGUAGGCAAUUUAGCCAAACAGACGUUAAACUUAUUCUUAAAAUUGAUUGAUAUUUUUACAUUGUUCGCGACUUAAGGAGGAAUAAACUAAAUCGGCACUGCCUUGCUAUUUUUUCGUCCGAAAGAUAUAGUAUACUUAUGAUAAAGUGAAGCAUUGAACACGAAGUAACGCUAUUUCUUCGUACGCGAGAUAGAUAAACUGUCACGUUGAGUACUUAUAAGGUAUCAAAAUAAUACAAGACCUACAAGAGAGCUCAGCAGCAGAACUCCAUUUAUCAAAAUCAUAUUUUGAGAAGAACUUCAUAAAUCGAGCGUUUAGUAAAAAUCUUAUAAAAUACAGUAGUCAUCAAAGAUGUGGUAUUUUGCUUUUACAUUGUCCUAAUUAAUCUACUGGAAGUACGAAAAAACCGGUUUGCGAACCUAUAAUUUUAAGAACCGUAGUCUUUAAGAUGUUUGAAAAUUAUCUCGUGUAUGGUUCGAUUAAAAUGAAUACUGAUUACGCAUAUAUUAAUAGUAAAAUUUGCAUAAACCGUUAAUAGCGGACCGAAUAGAUGCUUUUUACAUGAUUAGUUAUAUAUUUUGCAUAUAAAUAUUAUUUAUAUACACAAAUUAUAUAACUAUGUAUUAGAAUAAGUUUAUUUCAGAGUGUAUGCGCGUCUAACUUUGAUUAUGUAUCGAUACGAUCUUCUUUUGUUUGAAAUAACGUACAAUAAUAAUGUUACGAAGAGGGGAACACACUGAUCGAAGAAUUUUAUUUCUUAGAUUAUAUCCAAUAAGUGGAGCCGUGUCUCUAGAAAUAAUAAACGGAGUUCUACCGAGAAUUCUGUUUCGUGUGUUAUCCUGUCAGAUUCCUAUAUCAAAUGUUUGCAAUAAAUAUGUACAAAAAUA